GAUAGCGUGGUAGUAUAAGGAGGUUGGUUAUCUUUGUGCUUGAGUUCAAACUCUUUUUAGUACGAAAGAUUAUUCUUCAAAUCGAAGUAUCUAAAAUCUGAUUUUAGGUACCGUAGAAGAUUAUAGAAUGAAGAUUCAUAACUCUGGUUGUUUAUGAAAACAAAAACAAAACAAAGAUUGGAGUUUUUUCUAAGUGAUUUAUGUGCUUUAAACAUUUAUUGAUCUAAUCAAAUACAUUCACGAAUAUUUCUUGUCUAAAAAUAGUUCUUUUCAUUUUACAACAGCGUACGUUAAGGUGCUUUUUCCAUGAAACAAAAUCAUGCCAAAAAUAAAAUAAAAAGUUCUUCCACAAUUUUAACUGUUUAAGCAACUUGUGUGCAAGACUAAAGUGUGGUUUUCUUGAUUUUACUAUCAACAAGAAAAGAAUAUCUUAUUCUAACAAAUAAAAGCCUUUGGUUAAAGAGUACUUACCGUGGAAUAUAAGAAUGGAAUGCAUAAUCUGAAUAACGUGGGAGUUAUCUUUAUUUAUAAAAUUCUGGUCAAAUAAUUUACAAUUAUUCUAAUCACCUAUAUAUAUUAUUGAUAUAACCUGAGUAAGAGAGCAUGAAACAGCAAAUUUGAUACUUAACGAUCUUAGUUUUUUCAGACACAUUACAAGAGUAACAACAAUGCAAGUGAUUCCACCAAAAAUAAAAAAGAUCUUAGACAUAUGGAACAUCAGAGGACUUGUGAUAUUGUCUCUGUUGUUCCAAACGUCUCUUAUCUUCCUUGCACCGCUGCGGAAACGUACAUCAAAGAAGUGGCUCGCUGUGGUUCUUUGGACCGCAUAUCUUUUAGCGGAUUGGACCGCUAAUUAUGCGGUGUCACAGAUUACUAAGAAUCAAGGGAAAGAGCCAGAACCUGGCGAGUUUCCAAAAAACAAGAAGGUACUUGCUAUGUGGGCACCGUUCUUGUUGCUGCAUCUUGGUGGGCCGGACACGAUAACCGCGUUGGCUCUUGAGGAUAAUGCAUUAUGGAAACGUCAUUUGUUUAGCCUCGUCUCUCAAGCGCUCGCAUGUGUUUAUGCGGUGGUGCAAUCGAUGGAAAACGUAUUAUGGCCACCAAUCACACUGUUAUUCAUCACCGGAACGAUUAAAUACGUGGAGAGGUCCUCAUUGUACUCAGCGAGCUUAGAGAACCUCAAAAUCAGAGUUUUUGAAUACUCUUCGAGAAAAGAUUUAAAUCUCCCAACUAAAAUCAUCUUAAUCCACAAGCAAAAGGGACCCCCGAAACUCGUUAGACCGGACCGAGAUUUAACCGAUCUCGAAAUCGUUCAAUACGGCUACAAAUUCUUCAACACUUUCAAAGGUCUUGUUGUUGAUCUUGUUUUCAGUUCUAGUGAGCGAGACGAAAGCAGAGAUUUCUUCAAUGAGUUGAAACCGGGAGAAGCACUAAGGAUUAUUGAAUCCGAGCUUGAUUUUCUAUACGAAUUGAUGUUUACGAAAAAUGCGAUUCUUCACACGAUAACCGGUACUCUGUUUCGGUUAAUUGCGUUUGGAUCACUUAUUUCUUCCUUCUUUGUCUUCCAUCGUAGGCCGCUUAAGUCUGAGGAAUUUCAUGGAGCAGACAUUGUGAUUACUUACACAUUGUUCAUCGUUGGUAUCGCGCUUGAUCUCCUGUCAAUAGUCAUGUUCUUGUUCUCGGAUUGGACAUAUGCGGUAUUGAGUAAGCUUAAGGAUGAUCCAGAGGAAUAUAAUAGUUUUAUCGACUCUUUACUCAAUUGGUUUCUCGCGUUUAGGAAACUGCGUUGUAAGAAGCAUACAUGCAAUGGAAACCAGACCCAAGAGGUGCUCUCGACGGGGUUUUGGUCACGGAGAUGGUCAGGCAUGAUCUACGGAUUCAAUUUCAUCGGGUUUUGUUUGAAAGCCAAAGUUUCAAGAAUCCAUAAGAAGAGAAACUGCAAUGUUUUAGUGUGGGAGUCUGUGGGUUCGAUGUUCGAUUGGAUAAUAAGAAGAAUCCAAAUGAUGUUUGGAUGGAUCAAGAAUGUUAAUAGAUCACUCAGAAGCGUGAUGAGGCAAUGGUCUAAGAAGAAUCCGAUGUUUUGUUAUACGGUUUACCCGUUAUACCUCGUGUUCUUUGCAGGUAUUCCUCAAGUUUUCGCAGUCUUUUGGGGUCAUAUUGAUCGAAUCUUCAGUGUUAAAUCUUAUCUAGACGAGAUUAGGUUCAUAUCGAAUGAGCCUUUGACGAAGAAUCAAUGGGAAUUUAUAUUCAAUGAGGUAAAGAAUAAGUCCUACUUUGCGGAAACACCCGACCUUACAAAGAAAUUGUCUUCGGCGAGAGGAGAGUGGGUUUUACGAGAUAUGAUUCUGGCAGAAAGUGAGAGAUUGAUGCGUUACGUAGAGAAUGUUUCUUAUGAUCAAAGUCUUCUCCUUUGGCAUAUUGCUACUGAGCUCUGUUUUCAACAAGAAGAAAAUGAGGAGAUGGAGAAUCUAAGCCGAGAUAAUUACGAUGACCGUGAAUUUAGCAAGAUUACAUCGGAUUACAUGAUGUAUUUGUUGAUAAUGCGACCAAAAUUGAUGUCGCAAGUGGCAGGAAUCGGAACUAUAAGAUUCAGAGACACUUUAGCUGAAGCUGAGAGGUUUUUCAAAGGAAAGCAUAUCAAGAACCUGAGAGAUAUGAAACGAGCGAGUAAGAUGAUUUUAUCGGUUAGUAACGAUUAUGAGCCAAUGUAUGUGAAGGGAAAUCGAAGCAAGUCAGUGCUUUUUGAUGCGAGUAUGUUGGCAAAAGAGCUUCAGAGAUUGGAAGAUAAUAAUAGUAGAAACGGAUAUGGGAAAUGGAGAGUGUUAAGUAAAGUGUGGGUUGAGUUGCUAUGUUACGCAGCAAGUCAGUGUAAAGCUAUGGAGCAUGUGGCGCAACUUAGCAGAGGUGGGGAGCUUCUUAGCUUUGUUUGGUUGUUGAUGGCUCACUUUGGGUUAUCAGAUCAGUUUGAGAUCGAUAAAGGAGAACCUCGAGCUAUACUCGUUGCAGGAGAGUGAUAGUUAUUACUCGUAGCAGGAGUUCAAUGUGGGAUAUUGUUAUCUGUAAUUGUUAUAACAAAAAAUACAAUAUAAAUCUAUCUGUUGUACGAGAAAAAUUCUUAAAAAAUUGUCAA